GGCGCGGCUGCUUGCCGACUAGAGACCGAGUCUGAUUUUAUAAAAGGCGAUCAAAGGGGACUGUAAGGUGCAGAUUGAUUAAUGUUCGCGUUUGAGGACAGGUGCAAGCUUUUAUACUCUCCCUUUCAUAUGAUGAAGAACAAGCAAAGUUGCUGAAAGGGGAAAUCUUACUAGCCAGAGAGUGUGCAGUUGCCGCGUUGUGUCUUCCAGAGGGAGUCCUGCGUCCUUCGGUCAUGGCGCUCCUGUUUUCGGAGGCAGUGACAAGUUCUCCUAUCAGGAGACGAGAAUCCCUGGCUGACCAGUCGUGUCACAGCUUCAGCUUGUCCCUUCUAUCCCCCGAUCUGACCUACGAGUGCUUCUCCGUCAACCCGCUGACCGGCUCCCCCUGCUCCUGCCGCCGGAGCCCCCGCCUCCUCUCCAACGGCUACUACGUGCUAACGGAGGACAGCUACGUGUUCGACGACGACGGCAACGUCUCGCUCACGCCCUCCAAGACCAACGUGUCCUACAAGGAGAACCUGGUCAGGAUAUUCCGCCGGAGGCGCAGGUCCCGCCGGUCGCUGGCCAGCCUGUUCGGGGUGACCUCGUCGUGGCUGGAGAGCAGCGUCUUUGAGGCGGUGUAUCGACCCCCUCUCGGCGAGUCCUCCUGGAGCGAGGAAAGUACUCCUGGGCUCACGAAGGACUGCGACUUCAUUUAUGACCACAGUACGCCACAGAAGCCCGGCCAUGCAUCCUGCCUGAAGGAGGAGGGCGAGCUCUCGGUCCUGGACACCGAGGCCUGCUUCUCCAAGGAACAGUUCAGCCAAUCCCUGGGGGGUUUCCUGGAUGUCCCGCCCCCCUCUCCCUUUAACACCAAGAGCUGCUGUCACCACAGACCCCGCCCCUCAGAUCGCGCCAUGGUGACUGCCUUCUUCCUCAUCUUCCUGACCGUCAGCCUGUUCACAGCUCUCUUCUCCAGGUCCCUGCUGGCAGGAGUCGCUGUGGGGUCGAUCACGUUCACCCUGAUCCUGACGUCGUUCUUCCUUGUGAAGUCUACAUUCAGGACGACGGUAAAUUGGGCCAGAACGAAAACAGAGGAUAUCAGCUCAAGAAACGAAUAGACGAACGGAAAGCAGCCAUGGGAAUUGAGGAUGACUGGCAAGAACAAAAGAGGAGCGGAAGAAGAAAGAUGAGACAGACACUGGAGAAGGAACAUCAGAGUGACGAGUCACAUUUUAUUCUGGAUUAUAAGUGAAAUGUACGUAAACAUGUCGACCAUAACGUGUCACGUCUGGGAGAGGUUUUUGUCAAUGGUUAUAACUGGGAUCAAAUUUUGUUUAUCGAUAAGGGUAUUUUAUAUACUUGUGGUAAAUAAAAUACUCUUGAUUCUUGUGAAUGAGUUAUACAAAAUAGGUAUUAUUACCUCAAUAAAAUAAAAUGAAAGUAUAUGUAAUGACCUAUACUGAUGCUUUCAUUUUAUUUUGAUAUUGGAUGUCUAGUAGAUUGCUUUGGUUGUUUUGGGCUAUCCAACAUGGUUUUGGUGUAUGUAUAUAGAAGAUAUACGAUCUGUAAAUCAGAAUAAAUAGAACAAAUCCUGUGAAGAUAAACCAAAAAGUAAUAAUUGUUUGAAGUAUUUGCACAGGCUGUCUGAGCAGCACAUAGAUUUCCGAAAUUUCUAAUGGGUAAUUAGCGGUAAGUGCCAUUGUUUCGCGGCCAAAAGAUUGAGUUAGAACACAGGCCCGUGAGUAAAGUGCCUUUUGAGUCGACAGAGGGACCUCCGGGUCCGCAAGUCACAAUGUGCCUGACAGUGAAAUCAGCACAGUGCCUACAGGCUGACUUCUGCAGAGCUCAACCUGCGAGAAGGACGUUUGCAACAGUGUUCGAAUUGUGGAGUGGGGAUCCACUUUUAGUGUUUCAUAUUUAUGAUGGUGCGACAGCAAUGUACUUGUAGUCAUCAAACGUUGAUUCUGCUUCCGUUCUGGGGGCUACAGAUACGUUCUUAAUUAUUAGUCAUACUCAUAUUCGACUUACGAUAUUAUCAACGUACAAUGAGUUCAUCGGAACGUGACCCCAUCGUAUAUCGAGGAGCAUUUGUAAUACAAAAUUAUAUUUGGGGGUGGGGAGGGGUGCUUGUCUUAUGUGAGGUCAGUGGACCCCCCCAGACCCUCUUCAAUUCGAACACUGGUUUCCAAUCGUACUGUCAAAAUACCAGAAUAUGUACGUAUGAUAAGCCUACGGCGUAUUAAUAUGCGUUAUGCAGAAUUGGGUCGUUGUUAGUUUACAUUGGCGGUAUCUAUAAUUACCUCUCAUAGCAGAUAUGCAAUGGAUGGACUUGAAAGAGCUAUUUUUACGAUUUUGAUGACUAAUGAUUUAAUAUCAGCACCUAGACUUUGGGAACUGAGAAAUCGUUUACUGCUUACAGAUAACUGUACUGUUGUUGUUAAACUUAAAGCAAAACAUGUUCCGAAGGAAACGUUUCUCUGCAGAUUUAUGAAGCUACGUUUAGCAUUACUGGGGAAAAAAAUCAUGUUUGGGUGUCCUGCAUUACCAGGCUGUUAGAGAAAUCAAGAACUAUGGUAUGUAAUAAACAAUGCUGUUGUACUAUAAUAGUAGAUCUAUAGCAGGUGUCUCAAACUCUAUUCUUGGUGGGCUUUAAUCAAUCAUUAUUCAAUGAUUACCUACAUACUUAAACACUGGGCAAGUACUGACAAAGCUGAAAAUGAUCAUUUAAAUAAGUACAAUCAAUUUCAAUUAACAAAUCAUGCAAAAAAUGAUUUGGAAAGACUUUGAUUUAAAGUAAUUUUGAAAAUCUUAUUUAAAAAUCAGUCCUCGCAUGAUGUCUUCGGUUAAAUGGGAAUGAAACUGUUUCGUUUGUACUGAAGUCCAGGAGUAACUAGCAUUAACUGACCGGCCAUAAGAGUUUGGGACAUCGCUCUGCUGUGUCACACCUUAAUAUCUAUGUGUGCUUCCACAUAAAUGUCACGUCAUUAGUUUGCUUCUCAGAUUAUAGAUUCCAUAUGAAAGAAAUACUUAGGAAUGUGUAAUAAUCUGAGCUCUAAGUGCCAAAUAUGUUUGUAUUCAUAUCAUAUCAUAUUUUUUCUAGAUACAGUAAAUGUUUUAAUCAAAAUUUACCAACUGGGUUAUAAAUGAAGUGUACAAAGAUAAAUUUAAGUAUUGUAAGUGCUGUCAUUCAGGAAAGCCAAGGCCUGGUGCAGGUAACUUGUGUUUUCCGUAAGAACGGAGAUGCAUGUUUUUCGCCAGUGAGCCGUCUGUCACUUUUAGGCAGUGAACAUAAAAAUGAGUCCAGUGGGUCUUGUAGCCAAAAAUAACUCUAGUAAAAUCCUGUUCCAUCUGUUAGCACUUGAAACGUAUCUGAAUAUCAGCAUUCUGCCUUAGUUGAAGCUGAAAUUGAAGUACAAAUUAUGUCUAAAGCCAAGAUUUUUAGAGCAUUGAUAGUAGAUUUGACUCUUGAUGAGUAUAUCCUAAACGUAGUAUUGUUUAGGAGAGAACGAAGUAAUUUAUCUUUAUCUGAAUUCUGACAUGGUUUAAUAGCACUGAAGAAAAGUAACUUAGGAUAUAUUGCACAUUACUGUAAACAAAAUUGUUUUCAGUGCUGUAAAAUUAGCGUGUGUUUGUUCCUCGCAAACAUUUAUACGCAAACUCAAGGCACUUCUGAGAUUGUACACUUUCAUCUUGUUUUUUGUAUUUUCUCAGUGUUUUUAAACAUUUUAAUAUGACUAGUGAUUCAAGUAGUUACUCUAAUUGAGUAAAAUACAGUAAAAUGAUUAACCCAGUUGGUGCCCUGCCAGUCUGUCCUGGUGACAUUACUCAGCAUGUUCUUCAGAGAUGUCUGACACCAUAGAAUAGCCACCAGCGUUGAAUGUUUUGUGUGGUGGCGGAACGCCACUGCACCUAAAAUGUGUUAAAUGUUUGUGCUGUUACUGUUGUUCUUACUUUAAUCAAUCAUUAAAUAAAAAUAUGCAUUAUUAGUAAAUA